AUGCACUUCACUUCUUUGGCUCUCGCCAGCCUGCCGGCUCUCGCAGCAGCAGCUGCAACCCCUAAUUGCUUCCCUUAUGGUAGUGCCAAGCUGCCUGGUAAUAUGACACCCCCCAGUGUUAAACCAGCAGACUGGUGGUGCCCUCAGUCAAUGGCAUAUGGCUUCCAAGGCUUUAGCUACCCCUUGGAGGACGACAACUGCAACAGCGGCACCAACAGCUUCAACAAAAUGAACCAGGACUUUGCCAAGAUGAAGAAGGACUUCGGUGCGAGUAUCGUGCGCAUGUACUAUCCCACAUGUACCAAGUCCAUCGUAUUCGAGAAUGCCAUUCGGGCCGCGGCCACGAACAACAUGGGCAUCAUCUUGCAGGUCUGGACAAACUUUGGCGGUGGUGACGUUUGGAGACAAUCGCAGCAGGCCAUUUAUGACGCACUCAACAAGCCCGAAUUUGCCGCCAUUGCACCAUAUGUUGUCCACAGCGCUGACUGGGGCUCCGAGCCCGUUGGUGAUGGCAUGGAUUCCGGCAACUUUGUGAAUGACCUCGGAGCAUUCCGCGCGAAAAUGAAGCAGCAUAGCAUCAAGGUUGGCAUCAGUGAGGAUUGGGACCGUCCAGGUACCUUGCGCAAUGGAAAUAGUCUGACCAGCCUUGGAAGUGGGAUCAAGGCCAACUCUGACUUUGCUCAUAUCCACCCCAUGCCCUUCUACCACGGCAACAACCCUGAGAGUCAAGCCUGGGCUUAUAUCCAGCAGGCUACGCAAUGGGUUUUGGAUCACGUCAACCUUCCCACCAUGAUUACGGAAAGCCCGUGGGCUUGGGGCAAGACGGACCACAAUCCCGGAAAGAGUGACGUUGGCGUUGCCCAGUAUACCAAGUACUGGAAGACCUUUGAUGACAAUUGCGAGUGGUUCAAGCAGAAGAAUGUUGGUUGGUUCCUGCAUGCGUGGCAGGGUGAAGAUAAGUUUGACAUUGUGAAGCCGGAUGGUUCUGGCUACGUUAUCCCAAAUUGGAGACCUCGCAAGUGCUGA